CCCCGGUCCCCUUCGAACACGACUAAAAAUUCAUUUUUGUCCGACCUAAAUCAGAGGGUGUCUACGCCAUGAGGCUUAUUACACGGUGCACAUACACUUGUGUUGUGGAGGAGGAUGGGGUAUUAUUAUCUUUCAGCUACCCACCCUGCUAUAAAAACUAGCGGUGCGACAUCUCCGCAGCGCAGUGCUGCUGCUCGGCCCUCCCCUCCCUUUCCUCUCCCCGGCGCUCCUUUCACACAGACACACACACGCACAAACACACACACACACAACCUGAGUCCCUUGCUUGCCUUCACACACUCUUCACGCUCACUCACUCACAGACCCGACAACCUGCGCGAAACGGCGGAUUGGCAUUUGGAUUCUCCUCACUGGCUUUUUUGUUGUUGUUGUUGUUGUUGUACAUUUUUAUGAAUGGGAGCUUUGGUUGACUCAAAGACUGAUUGAUUGACAAUCAAAAAGGGGGGGGGGGGAUGCUGAGAGGUCACAUAAGGGCUGCCAGAAGUUCACACUAGUCGGGAUUGGACAAGAGACAACCAAGAGAGCGCAGGAUGGUCCACCACAGAGAGGAAGACCGCAUCGGAAUCCCCUUCCCCAAUCACAGCAGCGAUGUCCUGUGCAGCCUCAACGAGCAGCGCCGCUCCGGUCUUCUGUGCGACGUGGUCCUCAUCGUGCGCGACCAGGAGUACCGCAGCCAUCGCUCGGUGCUGGCCGCCUGCAGCCACUACUUCAAGAAGCUCUUCACCGUGGCCAACUGCGAGGACGGGCACCACCACCGCCACAACGCCGCCCCCGCCGUCGCCGCGCCCUCCGCUGCCAUCUAUGAAAUUGAUUUUGUGGCCCCGGAGUCACUCACGGCCAUCUUGGAGUUCGCCUACACAUCCACGCUGACGGUGACGGCAUCCAAUGUCAGCGAGAUCCUGAACGCGGCGCAAAUGCUGGAGAUUCCCUGCAUCAUUAACGUGUGCCUGGAGAUCAUGGACAGCGGCGGGGGAAGAGGGGGUGGCCCUGAAGGGAGGGGGGAAGAAGAAGAAAUGGAGGAAGACGAGGAGGAAGAGGAAGACGGGUCGAGGAACGACGAACAGGAGGACGAUGACGACAGGUCGUCGGAGAGCAGGGGGGAGCCGCCGGGGAUGGACGAGUCGCCGCCGCCGCCGCCGCCCAGCACCUCCACUUACCAGGAGCGGUCGCCCGACAGCAUGCGUGCAAAGCAGGAGAACCUGGAGAACCGCACCCUGAAGGACUUCUCCAUCGAGUCGCUCCUCCAAGACGGCCUGUACCCCCGCAUGUCCGCUCUGGACAGGAGAGCCAGCUUUUCCCCCCUGCUGCCUGGCUUCUACCCCUCCGUGUGGGCCGCCGACAUCCCGGCAUUUCACAAGCACUUCCUGGAACCCGGGCUUCAUCAGCGCUCUCGCACGGGUGACGGCUCCCCGAGGGUCCCCGCCACCUACCCGACGCCCGACGCCCCCCCUCCCGGGCCCCUCAAUCUGGCCGUGAAGCGAGAGAUCAUCAAAGAGGAAAUGAAAGAGGAAGCGCUGCCCGGUCUGCUCCAUGGAAACUUCCUGAAGGAGUUUGUCAGCUCGGGGCUGUGCGGUGCCAUGAGCUCCGCCGGGUCCGUACCCCCCUCGGACCACUCCCUGGGCGUAGUCAAGGACGAGCCUGACUUCCGCUCGUACCUGAGCUUCCUGAACUCGGCGUCUCACAUCGGGGCGCUCUUCCCUCCCUGGCAGCUGGAGGAGGAGAGGAAGAUCAAGCCCAAGUCUUCACAGCAGUGUCCCAUCUGUAACAAAAUCAUCCAGGGGGCCGGGAAGCUACCGCGACACAUGAGGACCCACACAGGGGAGAAACCCUACAUGUGCACCAUCUGCGAGGUGCGCUUCACCAGACAGGACAAGCUGAAGAUUCACAUGAGGAAGCACACGGGCGAGCGUCCGUACAUCUGCCUGCACUGCAACUCCAAAUUCGUGCACAACUACGAUCUGAAGAACCACUUACGCAUCCAUACCGGCGUACGGCCCUACCAGUGCGAGCACUGCUACAAGAGUUUCACACGCUCCGACCACCUGCAUCGCCACCUCAAAAGGCAGAGCUGCCGGGUCUCCCGCCCACGACGGGGCCGCAAACCGACCGCCUGGCGCUCGGCGCCCACUGCCGGCUACUUGUGCCCGCCCAACGCCGCGGGUGUCUUGGAGGGCAACGCGUUUAAGUCGUACCAUAACGUUGAGGAGAAGGAUGCGGCAGAGCGGCGGCGAGGGGUUUUUGCCUUUGCGUUGGACGACGCACUGGCUCGCUCGCCCUUUUACGCCGUCGCCUCGGACCCCUGGACUGUCAGGCUGGAGCGGGCUCCGCCCAUCCCGGACUCCGCCACAUGAACAUCAUGAGCAUCGAGACACA